AUGGCCAGGGUGCUGGGUGAUGGGGACCUGCGGCACCUGCURAAGCUGCACCGCACGGAGAUCGCCAUGGCUGUUGACGACGUCUUCCCACUGCUGCACGGCCUGGCUGAUCACAAUGUCAUCACGGAGCACAUGUUCAAGGAGACACUGAGCCGGACAGAGCGUGAGGGCUGCCACCGAGCACUGCACACCCUGCUCACCUGGCUGCUGGGCCGCGACACUGGGGCCAUCCGCAGCUUCUGGGCUGUCCUCUUCAAGGACUACAACCUGCAGCGCUAUGCUGGCCUCCGGCCCAUCCGCCGGCACUUCCCCACAGACAGUGACCCAGGGCAGCAGCAGCGCCGCGCUGGGCGACCAUCCCCCAGCCCACCAGGCCAGUGGUCCCAGGCCAAGAGGAAGCCCCGACCUCCAGGCAAGGCCAGGGCACCAAGAAGGUUGGAGAACGUUGAGAGCCGACGCUCACCCCGGGCCGCCGAGGGUGGCAUCCCAGUGCAGCGCCACGGGACGGGGAGCAAGAGCCGCAUCCCGAAGYCCACAGCCCGACCCAAGGUGGCCCCCACCAUGCAGCCACCGUCCCUACCUGGACCCUCUGCUUGUGUCCUCUCCCCACAGAGUGCCAGUGGUCCCCAGGCCCAGCUCCCCCCACUUGCUGCCCGUGCCCGACUCCCAGCCCCACACCAGCAGAAUGAGGACGAGUGUGCAGCGUGUGGCGACGGUGGAGAGCUCAUCUGCUGCGAUGGCUGCCCCAAGGCUUUCCACCUGGGCUGCCUGGUGCCCCCACUCACUGAGGUGCCCAGCGGGACAUGGCGGUGCCGCUCCUGCGACACCCAGCUCCACAGGCAGCCGGAUCCCACAGCGCAGGUGGAGCUGCUUGCCAGCACCGAGGAGCUAACACCAAGCACUGCAUGCAGCAUCUGUGGGGCUGGAGGCAACAUGAACUACUGCAGCCGCUGCCUGACAGCUUUCCACCCCUGCUGCCGCUUCCCUGUGCAUGGUGGCAGUGGCAGCCCCACAGGGGGGCUCAUGCUGUGCAAGUCCUGCAGUGUCAGCUCAGAAAUGACUCAGCUGGAGGGAGCUACAGUCGCUGGAGAGGAUGCACUACAGGCAGUGAAGGGAACUGAAGAGCCUAGCGGGGACCUGGUGCUAGGCAAGGAAGAGCUGGAUACGCUGCUAGGCGAGAGCUCCUGGGAUGGGAUCCUGCAGUGGGCUUUGCAGAGCAUGACACGGCCACGCGUGGAUAACGAUGGGAUCUGCAUGUAACACCAUAAGGGAACAGGGCAGCACAAGACAGCUCGAAAGUCGACAACGUGGCAGGA